GGUUGGGAAAUGUUAAUGUUUGAACCUGACUGAGCCUCCUCGAAGCCAUUGAUGCUGGUGGUGGUGGGGUCCUCGUCUGUUGAAGAGAUCUUCAAGGACUACAGCGCUCGCCGUUCUGCCCGAAUCCCUGGUCCCUACCUACCUACCUCUCUCACUCUGUGUAUGAGGAUCAAUUCUUUUCGCACUGCGAUCCAGAGAAGGAGAAAUUUGUGUUUGUACGGACAUCCAAAUGAGACGUGGGAGGUGACUCUGUCAGCAGAGGAAGUUCUGCCAGAGCUUCCAGAGCCAGCUCUGGGCAUCAUUUUCGCAAGAGAUGGAAUGAAGCGUACAGAUUGGCUUUCAUUGGUUGCCAUGGCCCUUGCAUAAUGAUUGUUGGUUGCUCUAUGA